GUUCACCAAGCUAACUGUGAGUUCCUUCCAAUUCCUUGUCCAAAUCGGUGUGGAACUUUCUGCUUGUUGGCUGGGAUUGAAGAGCACCUGGCAAAGGCAUGUCCAAAAAGAAGGCUGGCAUGCGAGUUCUGUGAGGCAAUGGUGCAGUUAAAUAGGAUGGAGUCACAUCUUGAUGUAUGUCCAAAGGUGAAGGUUGAAUGCCAAUACUGUGGUGAGCAAUUAGUACAGGAGCAAGUCAAGUCCCAUAUUGAUAUGUAUUGUCCAAAAGUUGAAGCACCUUGCGUAUUCACCUUAAUGGGUUGCAAAGAAAAGAUGGUGAGAGAGAAAUUGCAAGAACAUCUUAAUCAAUCUUUGCACAAACACAUGUCAAUGCUAGCUAACAAUCUAAUGCAACUUCAGUUCUCCACGGCGCAUACUAUCACACACCAGUACAGAUCACUCGCCGACGAUCAUCCACAAGAUCAACUUACAAGUGGAAUAUCAUCCAUUACUAGCAGUAUGGACAGCAUGCAGAUGAAACAACCAGAUUACCGUCAUCAGUCUCGUGGAGGUUACACUACCUCCUGGCAGCAAGCAAGAGGAGGUAUGAAUGAACACACACGUCAACAGUCCAGAGAGGGGCGCGACUCUCCACGGCCGCAAGACCUGGAAACUGAGGUUCUCAUUUUGAAAGACAGACUGAAGUAUCAAGAACAAAAAACAGCUGUUCAGGAACAAAAGAUUUUUGAACUGCAUUCCAAAGUGCUGUUAGGGGAUCAAAAGUUAGCAGAAAAAAAUGAAAUCAUUGAUAUACUGAAAGAUCAGCUUAGAAACAUUGAAGCAAGGAAUUGCGGAGGCAAAUUUUACUGGAAAUUAGAACACUUUCAUUCUCUUUGCGAAGAGGCAAAUUUAAAAGGCUCGGACUCGGUUGUAAGACACAGUGUUGGAUUUUACACAAGCUUUUAUGGGUAUAAGUUAUGUGUCCGAGUGAACUUGAAUUGUAAAGAUCCAAAUCAAGGGUAUGUUUCAUUGUUCAUUCAUUUCAUGAAAGGUGAUUUUGAUGAUUAUUUGGAAUGGCCCUUUCAAGGUAACAUAACUUUAUCUAUUGAGGAUCAAAACAUUGACUUUGUGAAACGUAAACACAUCAGUGAAACGCUAAUCGCAAAGCCAGGCCUAGCUGCUUUUGACAAACCUGCUAGCAAUCGCAACCAUAAAGGCUUCGGCUACAUGGAGUUUGCACCAUUAGCAUCACUUGAAAAGGGUUCUUACAUCAAGGAUGGAGCAGUAUUAGUCAAAGUAGUUGUAUGCCCAACGUCUUCAAAAUGAUGAUAAUGGCAUCUUAAAAAUUUCAAAAUUAAAAUCCUCUUAAUUAUAAUAUCAAAAUGAUGCAUUAAACAGUGGACUGGAAGACACCCAUUUCUCAUUCACUGACUAAACCCUACACAGCAGUAAAGCAGUAUAUAAAUAUAUACAGUAAUAAUACAUUGAGGUUCAAAUAGUGGCAGACCUUUAAAUGUCAACACUAACUGUGUUAAAGAGUAUUUAUUGCACUAGACUGGAAUUAAGUUUAUUAAAUUCUUCAGUUAAAACAUGCAGCACUGUCAUUAUUUUGCCAAAGUAAUUGUGUACCACUGGGAAAAAAGACAUUUAUUUUGAAAAUAAAAGUAUAAGAUACAUAUAAACAAAAGCAGUAUGCACAGACAUUAAAAGAAUUGUUUUACAACAUUUGUUUCUCUAUUAUUUUGUUUAUUUUAGUUGUGGUAAUUGAAUUCAAAUAUUCAAAAGAAAUACAGUUAUACAGAUAUUAGCUUUUGAAAUGACUUGGUUGUUAAAAUUUAAAGCAAUAUCUAUUGUAAAAAGUAAAUUCUAAACUGAAAAGUUAUGCACAGUAAUAGUGCUAAGCUGUAGAACAUAUUUUGUCAUAAAAAGGAAUUGUUUAUUUAUAUAUUUGCUGUAUUUGACCAACAAGGAGGCUCAAUAAGUCAACACCCUUGACACUUUAUUAUAUUGCAGUUUAUAAAGGAACUUUUAAUCAGCCGAGGUGAGGUUUCAAUUGUGUUGUGCAUGUUAAUGUUGAAAAAAUGAGAAAUUUCAUAUACUGUAUAUAUAUCAUAUACUGUAUGUAUAUAUAUAUAUAUAUAUAUAUAUUUAUUUAUUUUCUCAAAAAUCACAACUAUGUACAGAAGAGUGAAGCCAAUGAGGAUACAAAGCAGCACCAAACAUUAAAUUCAAACAACAGAAAGAGAAAUAGAAAAAAUUAAAAUACCAAUGUAAACUACUAUAGUAUACAUUACUAGUAAACAUCACAAAGAAAUAAACACCAAAAAAUAGACAUAUACAAUAAUAUAUCUAAAAAUAAAUGCUGAUUUCAUGAAUUGAAAAGUAGAUUUUGCAGUUUAUUAACUAUGAAUAAUAAUAAUAUUAAUAAUAUAAAUAAUAAAUUUAAAUAAUGUAGACAACUUACUAAAAUUAGAUAAAAGAUGUUGAUAAAAUAUUUAAAAUAUUAAGAUUAAAUAAACACC